GUACAAUGUCAGAGGUUUACUCUUUGGUAAGUUAGUAUUUUAUUGCCCCUUUUUUUUAAAAAACUGAUUUGUUUAUCAUCUUCAGCUGCAGAGAUUUUAUUUAACAUGCAUAGCUCACAGACAGUCGGUGACAUGUUGAGUGACGCCUUGGAUGACUUGGAGGACUACAAUAGUUCUUAUGACUACAGUCUCAGCAACUGGAGUGGUGUUUGUGACCUGAAUGAAGGCAUGAAGUUUGAGGUGGUGUUCAUACCAAUUCUUUACUGUGUGGCAUUUAUUGUGGGUAUCCUUGGGAAUGGAGUGCUGCUGGGAGUACUGUUUCACAGCAGAAAGAUCUGGAGUGUGACAGACACCUUCAUCCUCCAUCUGGGUGUUGCAGACAUACUGCUGUUGGUGACACUGCCCUUCUGGGCAACACAGUAUGCUCAAGAUGAUGGAUGGACAUUUCGCACUCCCCUCUGCAAGAUUGUCGGAUCUGUUUUUGUGAUCAACUUCUACUGUGGGAUCUUUCUCCUGGCCUGCAUUAGUUUGGACCGCUACCUGUCAAUAGUCCAUGCCACCCAGAUGUACUCCCGCAGGAAGCCCUGGGUUGUUCAGGCCAGUUGCUUGUCAGUGUGGUUCUUCUCCCUGCUCCUCUCUAUCCCUGACUGGAUCUUUUUUGAAGCUGUGCUGGAUAUCAGACGACAGAGAACGGAAUGUAUUCGCAACUAUUUCAUUUUUGGUGAAAGGGCUGUAUUUGUCGGGCAGUGGGCAUCACGUCUGCUUUAUCACAUAGUGGGCUUUCUGCUUCCUUCAGCCAUCCUGAUCUACUGCUACUCCUGCAUUCUAGAGAGACUGCGAUGUGGCACACAGGGCCUUCAAAAGCAAAAAGCUUUUAGGGUCAUUGUCACUGUGGUGGUGGCUUUCUUUCUCUGCUGGACACCGUACAACAUCACACUCAUGGUGGACACACUUCAUUCUGGCAAUAGCACUGACACCUGUGGAAAGAGAUCAUCUCUGGAUAAGGCGAAAACAGUGACCUUCACUUUGGGAUGCCUCCACUGCUGCCUCAAUCCCAUCCUGUAUGCCUUUGUGGGUGUAAAGUUCCGGCGUCAGCUCAUGGACAUCCUGAGGUCUCUGGGCUGCAAGCUGAAGACAAGUGCCAAAUUCCAGUCUACUGUCAACAGCAGGAGAAGCUCCAUUUGGUCUGAGUCUGCUGACACCUCCCACUCUACUGCCAUCUGAGAAAGAUACAAACAUAAAUCUAUUCACAAAUCUGAACUGAUUUAAACUGACAUAACAACCGCAACAAUAACAUGCAAAAUAUUUCUGUAUAUUUCCUGUAUUGUAUAACCUGUAACAGGCAAUGUUUUCUUUCAGUUCUCAAUAGUUCAUCGUAUAUCGGCAGCUGAACAUGACUAUGAACAUAGAACGAGUUACUUUGACCUUCAGGCACUGACAUUUGCACUUUUCAGCAGCAAAGUUUUUCUUUUAUAGCAGAAAUAUAACAUUUAUCAUUGCUUAUUCUCAGGGAGCUUUAUAGCAUAAGAGUUAACAUUUCUUUUGUAGUCUUCUUAUUGUCUUACUGUAGUGUGUGUGUGUGUAUAUAUAUAUAUAUAUAU